AUGAUUCCUGGUCUUUGUCUGGUGUUGCGCACACCGGACAAAGGCUGUGACCGUGACAUGGAACAUGGCUUCAGCCUGGCGAAUGCCCUGUUUCGGCGUUCACCAUCUGGUCCCUCCCGUCGUGAGAGAGGGCUACGCGCCGUGCGCGACGCUCAUGUUAACGCGGGACCAUUGCGCGGGGGGAUUUCGCACCUAUUUGAAGACCCCACCCAGGCCGCAUUGCAAUUGCCCCUCGUCCUAAUAUUUGCGGUGGCACGGAAGAGGUGUUGGGAUUCGAUGAGAGCGCGGAGGAGACUGAAGGAAGAGAAUAGAUGGGAGCGGUAUGGGAGAGAGUCUGAAGGAGGCGCGCCUGGUCGGCGCAGCGCAUUUGGUGUCCGCGACUCCGCGGCGGCGCGCUUGCUCUCGCCACUCUGGCUUGACUCCGCUUCUCAGCUUCUGCCCUUGCACCCACACUGCCGUCUACAGCUUUGUUUGGGGCUGGGAUGCAUCAUGCAACAGACGCGGCUCUUCAAGGCGAGGACUUCGUCCAUUCCAUGUGUUCGAUGCUUUGUCUCUUUCACCAUCCUUUCCUUCAGCUACAGCAUGCUGGGAAAUACGCUCCCUCUGCGGCAGCAUCUCAUGUCCUCCUUCCCGCCAUCCAUGCGUCUUCGUACGCUUUCAUUUGUUGCUUCUCCGCCCCUGCUGAAUGGUGCUGUCUGUCUUCGAAGACACGCCAAAGCUACGUGUAUUUUUUACAGCGAAGCACCUCUAGUCUCAGGCGUACUUCGCUGGGCUCGCUUGGUCCGCCAGAGCUGCUCUUCACUCGACGCGUACGCCGCGGCCGCCCAUGCUGGCACACACGCCGAUCGUCGUCAUCGCGGUCGCAGUCCACGACCCCCGCCUUCUCGGGCCCUUCACGUUCCCAGCAGUGGCACCUCUGAGGUGCCCCUCCUCUCCCCGACCCCGCCCGGCCCGCAGGGAACCACCCGAGAUCGAAGGCACCCCCACCCGGCGCGGCUUUCAUUCGCCACAACCGCAAUCCUAUCUCGCCCGCCCGCUAUCAACGUAACCUUCGCCGGACCCACGCCCGCCCCGUCACACGCGCCGCUCCCACCGUUGCUUUCUCGCUCCGCGCGCGCGCGCGGCCGUCGUCGCGACCCGCGGCCACGCCUGCACCGCGCGCGCCCCACGCGGGGCAGUCGACCACCUCCGCACCCAGCGCCCCGCUCCAACCCAGCGCCAGCCCCCGUCUUCCGUCGGCCGUUCGUCGCCCCCGAGGAUCGCCGCGACUCGAACACGCCCGUGCGGGGAGGCCGCCCCCGCCACGCCGCGGUCAACCACCACGCCGCCUGGGCCCGCCGCGCGGCGCUCCGCCGACCCGUCCUCGGAUUUCCACGCCGCGUCCACAACCGAGUCAGCCAUACUCUUGCCAAAGUGGUUUCCUCUCACCCAUCGAUCGCCCCCCAUGCCACCCGCACCUCGGUCCGGACGGCGCCCCUUCGAGAUGCCCAACGUACACGGGCGCGUCCCAGAUAUCUGCACGCCCAGCGUCCAGAAGAGAAUUCGGCCGUCUGUCCACGCGCGCGGCCUGCGGCGACGCUGUGGGAGACUGGGAGUGCUUAUAGCUUGAGCGUCGGAAACGCAGUCGCGCGCCGCGGCCGCGCGGCAGGCGUGCUCGGCAGCUCGGCGGGUCGUCCGCCGCGCUUGUGUGUCCACGGGACUGCGCGCGACGGGUCUACCACACACAUAAUAGUCGUAUGCCGUAGUGCGGCGGAUGUCUGGAUAUACGAGCCGCAGUCGAUUCGCCGACGUGCAUCGGGCUGCGGCGCACCAGCACUUGCUGAGGCGAUUCUCGGCAGCGGGGCGCCGACAGUCAUGAAAGACCUCGACGAUUCCAAGGCACCGAACCCAGUCCACUCCCAGCAAAGUCCGAGCCGGGAGGCAGACACCCGGCUUGCCUUGCGCGCUGACGUCGUCCUCCAUGGCCGCGGCGAAGGCGGACAUGGGAAUCCGCACGUUCGAACGUUCGCAGCUUCUGGCCAGCCCGCGUCUCGAACCCGCGCGCGCCCGGGCGUCUGUGAAGCUGCCGCGGUUGAGCUUUCCGAAUUCACGAGCACGCAGAAAGGCGACCAAGUGACGCGUCCUGGGGAGGAAAUUAGGCCGGCGCCAACGCCGCCGCGCGCCGUGCCCCCAGAGUCGUCCGGAUUCGGACGCCUCGCGCCCCGGCCCGUCCCGCCGCAGGUCGGUGUUCGUCCGCGUCUGCAGACCCGCCCUCGAGGCCGACGACCGCCCGGGGCGGCGACGGAGGUGCUAUUUGUGGGUGCACGAAAUGCGAUAGCCUACCGAGCUCCGAGGGGCGAGGGGCGAGGAGGGGGAGAGUGCUCGGCGCGGGAGCCUUGGCAGCCCGGUCGGAUGAGGUGGGAGAGGAGGGGAGGGGAGGUAGAACGGGUGGGAGUAGUACGCGCGGCCUGGUGGCGUCGCGGGGGCGAGGUCGCCGCGGAGAAGGACGUACGGUUUUCGGCAGCCACGACGACUCGGCCGGCCGACGCUGCAGGUCGAGCGGAGAGUGAAGCUGCGGGGGAAAUUAAUGGUGGUCGGCGGCGGUUUCUCUUCUGGAACGUACGGUUGUCGGAACGGUCGGUGCAGACCUGGAAUGAUCCUGCAGCUGGGUUGGGCAUGAGUUGCGUCUCCGCGCACCGCACCGGGCGCCGGUAUAGCGAAUCGGCGGACGAGGACUCGCGCUCCAUCCCGGAUAGGCCGCAGAUACGUAUGAGGCGGCGACACACGGGCCUGGACACGGCGCGCGUCGCGGACUGGACGUGCUCUUGCGAUGACGUCACGCGUCAUGAACGCGAUGACGACACGCGUUCCCGCCUAGCGCCCACUGCACUCCGCCGGACAGGCUCGACGCGGGAACGCCUGGGUUGCUUUGAGUCGCCGGGGUUGCCAGCCCCAUAUGUCUCCGCGCGAGCACCAGCAUCGUUCGGCAGGCACCGUACCGCCGCGUACGCGCGCGAAUCACCCGUCCGUCGCCCCCAAACACAACCCAAACGCGUCCCGUUCCCCACCCUGAGAGCGAGCUCGGAGCUGGGGCGCGCUGGCCGCGUCCGCGGCAUCCUGCGGCUAGUGUUGCGAUGGCUCGGCUUGGCUCGGCUUGGCUCGGCUCAGGACGGCUGCGAGAAAGCCAAAACUCGAGCCACGGCUGCGAUUUCGGCUGUUAUUACCAAAGCCGAGGCCAAGCCGCCCAAGCCAUCCAUGAGCCGCCUUUUUCAAUUGGCGCUGGCCGCACAACAAAUAUUCAUGCUUUGUAGUGGAACAGAGCAACAGGAGGAUGAUAGGACUGCAUUUUAUAUGUGCCCACGAUGCACAGAAUGUUUUAAGAUUGUCAGGAGGACGAUUGGACAAAGUCGACCAAACACCCAUAUUGCAGGCAAAACUCGAGUCGAGUCUCAGAUCUCAGAUCUCAGAUCUGACGUCGAGUCCGAUCAAGCGGGGUGCUUGAUAACUACAACUCAAUGUCACCUGACUGUUCAACUCCCCUCCGCCUCCGACCUCGACCUCGACCUUGAUGCCGUCCUUCACGGUUCACCGGCCGCAUCCACAUUGUACGAGGACUUCCAUCCGGAAGUCCUCAGUAUGGAAAUUCGGGUAUGGAGGCCGCGGCGAUGUACCGCGGCCCUUGUUAUGGUGAGUCCCCUCCUGCACUCCCUCCUGCUUCACCCAUCCACGCUGCCCCCGCCCUCGACCCUCUCAUUCGCGUCGCCUUCCUUCGCGCGCGUCGUUCGCCUGUGCGUAUCCCACCUCCUGCGCGUUGCUCACCUGCGUGUCGCCCACCUACGCCUGCGUGUCGCCCACCUGCGCCUGCACGUCGCCCACCUGCGCGCUGCCCGCAUCCUCCCUCCUUCGCCUCCGCGUCGUCCGCCUCUGCACACCUCUGCGUUACCCUCCAUCUGUAUCGCCUACCUUCGCGUCGCCCGCCUUCGCCUCACCCACCAUCUUGUCCGCCUCAUUCCGGCCCUCAGUCUGGGUCCUCUCGCGAGCCCUCCCUGUUGCCGUCCUCCGCAUCCGCAUCCCCGGCCUCUGGGUCCCCCGCGUUUACGUUGCCCACAUGCCCUCCUCCUCCUCUGGGUCCUCCAUCUCGUGUCGCCCACCUCUGCCUCCGCGUCGCCCUCCUCCGCCACGUUGCGGCCCUCGGCAUCACACUCCGCCUCCUCCACCUCGUCGCGGCCCUCCGGAGUAUGUGCCGCCCUCUACCUCGCCCUCCUCUGCUCUGGCGCACGUCCUGCUCUGCGCGCACAUCCAACUCGCGCGGGCUCGGCACGGCGUCCUCUCCUCACCCUCUGCCUCCACCCCGCUCUCCUUCGUCUUGCCCUCCUCCGCUCUUGCGCGCGUCCCGCUCAUUUGCGCGAGCACAUGCUACCCGCGCGGGCGGAGCACCGCGUCCCACUGCCCCGCUGCCCCAUCCCGGCCCUCUGCCUCGCCCCCUCUAUGUCGCCCUCCUCCGAUCUUGUGCGCGCUGGUAGAGCUGUGCGAGCGAGCUGGAAAUAUUCUGGAAGAGCCGGUCCUCCGUCUUGGGAGGAGGCGCCCAAGACCGGCUCUUCCAGCGGCUCAGCCAUCAGUCCAUUCUGGCUGCUGGCCCAGCCGAGCCGAGCCGAGCUAUCGCAACACUACCUGCGGCUGCGGCGCAUCCGUCCAUCCCGCUUUCCCACGAGGUCGAAGUUCGAGCGGAGCUUGAAGACCGCAACCCACGGAACGGGCCGCGAACUGCCCACCCGCCACGGGGGGCGCUCCAGCGGGUCGCUGUCCGAGUCCGUGCCAGUCGGGAAGCCGCUGCGCCGGGAGCGUGAGAGCGAUUGGGUCAGCGAUGGCCCGCGUCGUCCGAGCGGCACCCGAGCUCUGACUACGCGUCCGCGCGGGUGCACGUCUCGUGCCCGGUCGAGCUGCGCUGCGCUGCGGGGAGAGGCCGCGCAAGCGUUGCCCUCGUACGGACGGUCGGUCGAUCGGGGGCGCGAUAGCCCUGCGCACAUUUCGGCCGGGACAUCGCGCACGUACGCGUACUGCAUGUGCGCGAUCGCCGACGGGGAUUCUCAUUCGACCGGGACUCGGGCCAUGGGCCACGCUCGCAAGUACUAUGACUCGGCUGACCGUUCGCUCCAUACCGCAUAUCGCCCACGUAUGACUCGGCUGGGGCGUUUGCGAGCCGGGCACCUCUGCGAGCCCGCGAGCCUCGGAUCUGGCGGCGAUGGCGUCGAUGAGCGAGGCCUUGAUGAGCGCACGGAGCGUGUUGUAAUGCGCACUCCCCCCGAGCCCCCGAGGCCCCUCCGUCCCUCGUCGGAGCUUCGCGGCCUGCAUGACACGACGGGAAAGGCCAGAUGGGAACCGUCGGAGUCAGACCUGCAACAGGCUGAGGCCAUGUUCCAUGUCACUGUCACGGUCUCUGGCGAACACCAGACAAAGACCAGGAAUCAUGGUCACACCAUGGUCUCAGCCUGGUCUCCGCCAGUAUGCUUUAUCAACACACGCCUACUCCGCACGUGGGAAAUUCCACCCCUUUGCGGUUCAUCUCCCCUGGGCAUGUCCGCGACCGCGCCCGCCCUUUCGCCUCCUCGAGGUUCACCUGGGCGCCAUCGCCCCCGCACGACUGGCGAGCGCUCCGACCCGGUCACUUCCGGAAUCCGGCCCUUACAACACUCAAGUCUAAUGCAUAAUGUCCGAACAUUCAAGCUCCAGCUCGCGCCUCGAGCCCCAGAGCCCCACGCGUACCAUGCGAUCCACCCGUCGGCCUUUCUCGCAGUCCGCGCGAGCGCCCAGGCGCCCCGCGAACGACCCGCGAGCCCGGCACGUCCCAGAUCGUCGACCGCGUUCGAGGGUCAACUCGCACGCCAGGGGCCGAGGGGGUCGGAUGCGCGCCGAGGCCCGCCCUUGAGGCCUGAGGGAGAGCAAGCAUUCGGAGGCUUGCGAGGGGGGAAGGGAAGGGGGGCGUACGUGGACGGUGCCGCGGCGAUCGCCGCGGCGCGCGGCGCGAGCGGGGGUGGCGCGCGAAGUGGUAGUCUGUGCGGACCGGUCGUGCUCCGUUUGGGCUCGAUCGUCGCGGAGCGCAGGAACGAUCCCCCCGGGUCGGUCGCCCGAGUGGCGAGCGAUGGUGGUGGGGGAGAGGGGGGCCAGCUUGGAGGCGCGGGCGCCGGGGAUGAGGCUGAGAGCUGA